GGUGUUACUUAUGCGUGCCUAUUGCCAUCACACACACCUGCCUGAAUAACAAGUUCCUGAUAACAUUCGCCACACCAACACUACACGCGACCGCUAUCAUGAUUGGCCUGCUAUCAAAAUCUCGACUGUUGCUCAGGGUCUGUGUCAAGAUGAUCCGGAGAGGAGGGGGCCGCGCGCCUCCUGUUAUUCUUAUACUAUUACUGGUCCUGCUCGCCAUCCUGGGCUUCAACUACUGGCUGCUCUCCUCCCAGCAUGCGGACCUACAGCAGGAGCUCGAGAAGAUGCAGGCCGAGGUCAAGAUAAGUGCAGUGAAACAGGAUCAGUCUGAGAAGAAAAAUGCAGCUCUUCAGGAGACAGUACAUGAGAUGGAUGCAAUAGCUGACAAGUUGAAGAAGAGGCUGCAGGAGGAUGAGGAAUCCAUCAAGAACCGGGACCAAGAUGGGCAGAAGAAGGACUAUGAAAUUACCUCCCUCAGGAACAAGAUUGUCACUCUCCAGGAACAAAUUAAUACAGUCAAGCAGCAGGUGGAGGAGCAGGAGGUGGAGCUGGCCAAGGCGAAGGAAACCAGCAGUCACUUAGGAGGGGAACGCGACGCAGCGCUGGAGGCUGUGGCAGACAAGGACACCCUCAUCAACACUCUCAAGAUGCAGCUCGAACAGGAGAAAAGAGUGAUUGGGACGCUUCAGUACGCCAUAGCAGACCUGAAGAACAAAGUGACGCAGACGUUCGGCGAUCUGUCUGAGUGUCAGGACAAAAUUAUGGAGCUAGAGAACAAGGUGAAGGCAGAACAAGAACAGAACGAGAAACAGAACCAGGAACACCAAGAAGCACAGCAGAAGCAGGCUCAGAACCAUGCACAGGAGCUAGACCAGGUGAAGAAGGAGCUUGCUGUCCACCAGAGGGAGCAGCGUGCCAAUGCCCAACCUCAGCUAGUUCCCGGGCCAAUGAACCUGCCCGGCAUUGAAAAUAAAGAACCGUACUUAGGGCCAGGCCAGCUGGGGUAUGUGCCCAGGAGCGCAGUACGUACAGUGGACAAAGGCCUACAGGGGAUCACCUUCCACAGGGAUCUUCCCAUUCUACCCCGAGACCCCCCUGAUGCCCCCCGUGCCAAACCCAGGUUCAGUGUAGUGGCAGCACCUCAAAACCCCCUGGGAGGCCUAGGAGUCGUACCCAAGCCGCCUGAGCCCCCAGUGAAUGCAGCCCCAGAGGAACCAAAGAACCCACAAGUCCAGCCCCCCGUGGCCCAGUACCUCCAGCCUAUCCCAGUCCUCCGCCAGCACUACCAGGGCCUUGCCAAGCCCCGCCAUGCCCUGCACCAGCAAGGCAAGCAGUUUAUCCAACGCCCCCGCCUCCCACCCAUUGCAGGUCCAGCAGUGAUGGAGAGACCAGCAGCUCCAGUGGCAGAAGGACAUCACCCACUGGUCCAACCAGUGGAUGCACCUGACCAACCUCACGAACCUCAAAAUGAUGUUCUCGCUGCACCCCCGGCGCAGGGCCAGGAUCAGCAGAGGGUGGAUGAUUUGGCGCGCAGCAAGAGAGACAACCUUGACGCAGCAGUUGAUGACGAAAAUGCAGCGCUGGCAGCCAACGACUUGACAUACGACCAGGAUGAGGAAGGGAACGACAUACGACAUAGGCAGCGGCGGCAGAAUGACAGAGGAAGAGGGAGAGCAAGGGAGGAAGGUGUAGAGGAAGAGGAAGAGGAGGAAGAUGAGGAAGACGAGGAGGAGGAGGAAGAUGAAGAAGGGGCGCUUAUGCCUCCGAGAGCGUAUCACCAAGAUGAUUUCGGCGCCCAGCAGCAGCAUUAUCGUCUAGGGAGGGAUCGGCUACCUGCCGGGUUAGUUAAGUUAGAGGAUCUACAGCUUAAUGAUAAUGUCAAUCACCUGGACCAUCAGCAGUUGAGUCUUGGGUAAUAAGUUAUGAUUUUAUUAAAUAAUCACGAUUCGCCAUUUUCCUAUUAAGUUAUUACCCUUUUUUCUCCUGUUCUUUUUCCCUUUUCAUGUGCUCCUUCUUUUUUUGUUGUCGUUUGGUUGUAAAAUGUACAUACGUCUCUUGCUGGGCUUUGUUUUAACUUCUGGUAGUAGUUGGUUGUGACAGCUAUUUUUUACAAACCUGCUCUCUGUCUUUUUGAUACUCCUCCUCUCAACCAGUCUGUCAUUUGGAUGCUUCUGUCCACCAGUGUUAGGCUGCCUAGGAUUUUAUACCAUUUGGAGUAAUUUUGCUAUUUUCAUAGUAUUGUUGCAUGUUAUAUUUUCAUUGUGUGUGUGUGUGUGUGUGUGUGUGUAUCGAGUGCAUGAAUUAGUGCUCAGUAGAUAAUGUGUGCAUACUUGAGCCCAUUGGCAUCAUUUACAUGUGUGUGUGUGUGUGUGCGUGCUCAUGUGUGCAUGUGUGUGUGAUUUGGUGCUGUGCUCUACAAUAUGGUACAUUUGAACACUAAUUGUGGUGAGUAAGAGCAGAUAAUGGUACUAUUAUAAUGGUGAUAAUGGCAGACUUUUGUAAGCUCUUGGCACAAACUUUACGAUAGCAACUUGCGUUUUCUCUUUUUUCUAAUAAAUAUACAGUAGAUGCUUCAUAGUCUGAUAACUGUGUGCAGCGUAGCAGUCCUGGAGGGGAGGUUUAUGGAUGUCAGGUGAUGAACAAAUAAAUGCUUCACAAGCCCAUCAAAAUAAUCAGUGUACAUGCACACACAACACUCUUUUCAUUCUUUGCUCUUUGUCUUCAUCUUCCAUCAGAACAUUUUCCAAAGUAUUUGCAUGACAUUCCAUAAUUGGAUAUGUACUGAAAAGAGUGGAAAGUAGUGAAAAGUGAAAACAGAAAUUUACAAAACACCUUGGUAAUCCACUUCCAGCCUCCCUUUAUUGCUGCUAGAGAAUUAGGAAGAAUCUGAUGGAGUAAAAUAGAACAUUUCUUCUCCAUCACUUUCUAUAUUAUUUAUUUCUGCAUCUUCUGGACCAAGACACAAAACUGCUGGUAGAAAGAAAUUUAGGUUAGGAAAUUUUAGGAAAAGAUUUUCUAAGAGAAACUCUCCAAGAGCAUUGCAAAACUUGCUGUUUUAUGUAAGGCAUACUUGAGCAUUCUAUUCAGAGGGUAUUUGACAUUAAGCUUUCACCCUUCCAAAUCCAUAUAGCCAUGCUCAUGAGAAAAAUUUACCAAGGUACAGUGAUGUGGAUUUAAGAACUCAGUAUAUUUGUUAUAUUUCCCAAGAAUGUAUGGCACGAUUCACAGUGACAUUUUUUGUUUUCUGAGAAAGUGAGAUUGGUCAUGAGUAGCAAGAGGCACAAAAGUAAACAACCUUAGUUCCUCCCUUGCAUGUGCAGCUAAGGAGAAAUUCCCUUCACCAUUCUUCACUUUACCUUCUUUCCUUUGUAUUCAGGUGUUACUAAGUGAGGCUUGUUGCUCAAUGUGGUCAAGUAGACAUAACAGUAAUGCUGCUCAAACUAGCAAGGUGAAAGUAACUAAAGAUAGCCCAACUUCAUUAUUAAAUGUAUUUUUUAAAUGUGCAUAUAAAUACACAAUAACUAGGAUAACCAUGAAGAUACACACGCAUAUUGUUUUCAGUGUGACGUACUCCUUCCUACUUAUCUCACCAUGCGAACAAUGGAACUUAUUUUGUAUUCAGAGCAGCUACUUUUGCUUUCUUUUCUUUGUCUGAUAUAGGGUAGUUUGGCAGAGGACCGUAUCAACUAAUAACAAAUGCUUUGCUGUAUUUUGUGAGGGUAGAAUAUUAAUAAGAAGUGAUAUUUAGAGUUUAUAUGAAAGUUUUUGUUUAAAAGAAUGUUAGUUGAAGUGUGUGUGUGUGUGUGUGUGUGUGUGUUUCUUUUUGCUUUAUAUAAAGAAUUGAUUGGAAGUUAUUUAAUUAAAAAAAAAAUGUUUGAUGAUAUAAAAGCAAGUAGAUAUAGUAAACGACAUGAAAAGGAAAGCAAGUUUUUUUUUCGUGUGUGUGUCUAGCUGAUUAUAGUGCUGUCUCUCGUGGUUGCUGGGUACAUGUUCUGGAUAGUUAGCUAUUGCACAAAAAUACUGCUGUUGAUAUAAAUAUGCAUACCAUUGUUGUAUCCAUUUCAUAGCUAAUGAGUCUGUUCACAGACAAGAGAGGUGUUUUAUAGUCCCUGUAGGAUUUUGUAUAAACUUGUCAUAUGAAGACAAGCACAUAAAUAUAGCAGCCAUGUUGUGUGUAUUUACUGAGGAAUCACGACCCUCACACACACACACACACACACACACACACACACACACACACACACACACACAAAAUACCUAAGACAAUUUGCUGAAAAGUCUACAGUGGUAAAAAUGAAAAAAAAAAUCCUUGGCACUUGAAUAUGUAUUUCUUUUCACUUUUAUGUGUUUUGUAUCACUAUUUUCUCAUAAUGGUACUAGCAGAGGAUAAACAUAUAGGUCAGGGUGUAUGGUUUAUGGUAAAAACUUAUGAGGCCAUGGUUUGAAUUUUCAUCUGGACAAUUCAGAUCAUAACUCAAGAUGAGUGUCUGUAAGGAUGAGUCAUUGCUUCACACAUCUGUAAAUUUUAUCGCUGCACAUUAAGGCAAAUUGAUUUGAGACACCCUUAGGGCACAUGAAGUCUGCUUCCUUCUUCCCAUGUCUGUCUGUUUGUCAGUCUACUAGUCUGUCUGUGUCUGUCUGUCCAUAUGUAUUUAUGUAUGUAUGUGUAUAUGUAUACUUCUUUCUCUUUCAAUUAUCCUUUUUUUUAUUUAUAUAUGGAUGCCUGUGGUAGGCUUUAGGAACAAAAGCAAUAUACAUACUGUAACAUUUAUUUGGCAUGAUCAGUAGAGCAUAGAAGAAAAUGUAUAUACUAUUUGAUUUAUAUUAUGCUAAGAAUAUAUAGUAUAUAUAUAUUUACCAUGCCUUGGUUGGGUGUACGUAAUUGUUAUCUUUAGUUGACUUUCAUUUGUGUUGUAACUUUGUGAGAUUCUGUGCAUCAGACACAGUAGACUGCAGCUCACAGAAAACAGGCUCUUCAUUUACUUAAUACAUGUGUGGUCAAAGUUUUAAGAUACUGUCCAUUAAAAAUAAAACUGAAAUAAAGAAAAGGGAGAGGAAAGAUGGUUUAAAUGAUAUAUAUUGGAAAGUUUUAUACAUAAUAAGGAAUCAUUGAUGAUGUAUUCACUAUAACCAUAAUUCCUAGUAGACUUUUCUUCUGAAAUUAGGGAAAUAAAAUGGGCCUGAGUAUCAAGUCAGCAUUUUUAUCUAAAACUUUAUUCCAUGUAAUGGACAACCAGGGCCAUGACAGAGGCAGGGACCGGUCUGCAGGUUAUGACAUAAGCUUGUGCUUGGAGAUUAGAGUUUGUCACACAGGUUAGUGAUGUGUCUCACCAUGCACACUAGCAAUGGACACCUGAUUUUGUAUAGAAAGGAAAGGGUUCUUAUGGGUCUGUAACUAUUAUUUACUUAAGCAGUUUUUAAUAAAUUAAUAAGAUGAGUGUAAUAAGUAGUCACUCCGAGCAUUGGCCUUACAUUAUCUCACACUUUAAUGGAAGAAUUCCUUACCACCAUUUUCCGUUUCCAGUUACAUCCUUCAGUUUGUAGUUAUAAAAAGAGGUGUUCAUACUUGGAAGAGGUUCCUUUUUCUUUGCUGUAUCUUGUAUUCUAGUAAAUGUAGUUUGAAAUCCUUUUAGUCAGUGUCCACUCUGAUUUCAAUAGCUGACAGCACUUAUGCAUCCAAAACAUCACCAGCACAAACCCUAUUUUUAUAGAUUUAGGAUAUAUUGCUUCUACUUCGUUACUCAGCACCUGGACUUAUAUUUGGCACUUUGAUUCACUUUGUGUGUGUGUGUGUGUGUGUGUGCGCUCAUUUAUUUAUUUGAAGUUAGCUCUGUGUUAUCUACCUUACUGUGCACUACAACUUAUCUCGAUGGUUAGGCAAACCCUUAACACUUGACUUACUUAACUUCAUAGUAAUUGCUCACUGGAUGUACUUACUUAGCUGCCCCCACACACCACUGUUUGCUAUCCUAUGGAAAUGAGCCCUGUGAGAAGGGUAGGAAACAGCUAAGUAGCUGUGCUCUUAAAAGAUUUUCCCAUAUUUAACGUGAAAGGGUAUAUACUCACUGGAUUUUUUUUUUUUUUUUUUUUUUUUUUAAGACUAUUUAUAUUCUGAGCAUAUUUCUCUUCUUGUUAGUGCUUUUACUUUAUAUGGAAACUAUUCUCUUCAUUUUGUUUCUUCCACAUUACUGAUUUCUGUGCAUGUUCCUCCAUCAGUCCUCACUCAUGUCCUCCACAUUAUCCCUCCAGUGCAGCUUUUCAUUCCUUUGAUGCAUGUCUGCUCCCCAUUGCCAGAAGUUGAUGAUAUUGUAUGUUAUCAAAGCUCUAUUUUGACUUGGUUAUUGAAAGAAGCUUACUUAUACAUCUAAUAGGCAGCACCUACAAUAAGAGCGGUCUCUGUGUGAUGCGAGUAGUAGUUGUCAAAAAGAACUUGAUGCAUGGGAGGUUUAGUUGUUUAUUUGUCAAGUAUACUACGAUUUGAAUUUAUAGAUAACAUGACCUUGAACUGCCAGAAUCCAUUAAACUAAAGUGGUCAAUAAAGUAGACAAAAGUUACUAGCACUGAACUGAAGUAGGAGUGCAUUACCAGUUGUUUAUCCACGUUGUUUUGCUAUUUGUGCGCGCGUUAUGCGUAUGCUUCACCCCAUACCACCUGGGAUCAUGAUUAUUCUUUUGUGUAUAAAAUAAGUAUCAAUGGUGUAAAAAAAAUGUAUUCUCACCUAUUGUAUUUGUUUACAGAGGUGAGGCAAGCUUAUGGUGUCCUGAAUUUUGAUAUUUUUGUCAUGCUUUUCUUUUAAGACUGUGCAUGUUUUUGGGACAGACCUGUUGGAUUUUUUGCCUUGUUAAGGAGAGAUGUAUUGUUCCUCCUCUUCCUCCCAAGUUUGCCAUUUUCACUUUUUUCCUCUGCCAUUUCCCUUCCUCCACCUCAUUAAUUUGUUCUGUGCGUUGUUUGAGGUUGUAGUUUUUAUUGCUUUCUUUGUUUUCAUUUGCCUGCUGUUAUUUGUAUAUGUAGUUUAUUCACUGUCAUAUUUCUUGAACUUCUUUUAUUCCUUCUAUUUUCAGUCAUCAUCUUUGUUUCAUUUACUUUUCUAUUUAAUUCAUCAUUACUACCAACUUACUUACUUCUUUGCUUUCUUGUCUGUUUGGCAACACUUAACUCAUCACAGGUCACAUAUGCUUAUUAUCCCUUGUUUUCCGUAUCAUUCCAGGAUAGUAACAAAAACAAAAUUGCCUCAACCCGGUAGCAGUGGGGAUCAUGUUUCUUAAUGGUCCCUCUAAGCGAGAAAAAUGAGAAAAAAUCAUCACUCACACAAACCAUUCCAUAAUAUAUAUCAAAGCAUUUGUGAUCAGAUUAUGUAGCAUCUAUUUUAGGGGGUUUAUAUCAUUGCACAAAUUUGGCCCGUCACUGCUACACGGUAAAGCCACAAACUUGGCCCGUCGCUGCUACCGGGUUAAGCCCACAUUGUGCCAUCGUUGUGCUAUUUAACAUUAAUAAGUUCACAAUGCUUACUCAGAAGGGGGUUAAUUUGUGUUUGGUUUGUGCAUAUUAUUUCAGUGUUACAGGGGUGAGGGUGUGAUGUGUCAGGAAAGAAGUUAACUCUAGUGGUGUGAGAAAUGUGUAAUACAUAUUAGUGGUGCUGCUGGAGUAGAGUUAUGAGCAGCCUGGUUGUGUGUUGGUAUUGAAAUAGUGACCACAGCAGGGCUUUUUUUAUUGUGUGUGUGUGUGUGUGUGUGUGUGUGUGUUGGUGUUCAGGCCCAUGUAAUAUGUAUACAUUGCUUUUUAGACUUCGGUUGUAGCGUGGAGCUGAUGGUUUGAUGUUAAUGGGAAAAUAUCCAUUUUUUUUUUAGUGUAGCAAUUGUUAUUUCUUUACCAUUGUUAACAUCAUUCAGUAGGUGUGUAGUAGACUCAUAUUUAGAUGUAUUGUGUUCCUGCCAAUUUUCUGUAAAUGUAAGUUCACUUUAUGCAAAAUAAUGUUUAUAUACAUUUGGCUGUAAGACUUUGGGUGAUCAUGAUGAGGGAAGGGACUGAGCAACAUUGACAUUUGGUUUUGUAAUGGUUAAGGGCACAAAAUAGGCGGUAUUUGUAGAUGGGUAAACUUGAGAUUAAUUGAUGUUGAAGAAAAAAUGUAUUUAGUAUUUGCUGAUUAGGAAAAGUGUACCCAGAGGUGAUCAAGUGAGUAUCAAAUGAGUUAAUGAUGAAGUUGCUGAGUUGAAAGAACUGGAGUCACAACUAAAUGAUACGUAGGUUGGAAAUAAAUUCCUGCAUUGUGUAGUAAUUUUGUUAAAUAAGGUCAUGUGACAAGCACAAGGGAUGAGGCUAAACCAUUCUUUUAAGAAGAGACAGAAGUAAGAAAGCAAUUUCCAUAACAGUGAAUGACUCUUCCUUCAUAUGAAAUGUGUAUACGCUUCAAACAUGAGGAGUGUGAUAUUUUAUGAUUUUAUGACACGAGGUGACUUCGGAUAAAAAGUGGAUAAAAAGUUGACUUGUUGAUAACAAGGCUCAGAUACGUAAACCCAAUGAAAUACAGCCACUGUCUGAAGUCCCCCCAGACAUGGGGUGACUUCGGACACCCAUACUUUUUCACUUAGCACAAAAACUAUUAAGUUUCGUGAAAAUGUUGCCCUUAACAAUACAGACUAAAUGCACACUCAGCAUAGAUCCUAGGCCUAGAAACAAAAAUCUCAUCAGCAAAAAACCUUGAAAACUGUCCGAAGUCACCCCGGUUGACGGUAGUAAAACAAACUCAGUGAUGUUAGUGUAGCUUGCAAUAAAGGGGAUGUGUGAUGGAUGUGCAAGGUUACACAAGGACAGGUUGAUCAGUCUUUUGGCCAUGUCUUAUUGAAGGUUGCGAAUGACUCUGUGAAUCAUUUUAAAACUUAGAAUAAAAGGGGAUAUGGCUGAAGGUAGGCCAAGGAAGGUAUGGGUGAAGAGUGAAGGACCUAUGAAGUAAAUGAAUUUGCAAGAAUUGUGUAUGCGUUAAUGUGUCAGUGUGUGUGUGUGUGUGGGGGUAGGUGGGUGGGUGUAUGUGUGAUACCAGUGCACUGCACCAACUGUGUAUUUAAACAUAUUUAAACAAAUAAUAAUGGCAAGAUAUAUUUUCCAAGAAAUGAGUGUGGCUUUUUUUUUCACAUAUACAUGCAUACUCAUGGGAUGUUGUUAUCGUCCACUUCCACACUAGUUGAGUUUUACAUUCUGUUUUCCCCGAGAAAGGGCCUCAAGAUGUGUAUCUCCUCCUAAAGUCAAUUUCAGUGUUUCCUUUAUAUCAUCAUUUGCAAACUGUUACCUUGAUAAGAUUUUGAAAUAGAUUUUGGAAACCUUAUCACAUUUAUCCUGGUAAGGUAAAUGCAGUAGGUGUGUGUGACCCUAAUAGACAGAGCACAUAACACAAAACAGCAUCUUGGCUGAAAACACAACUUUGUAAUAUUAUGUAAUGAUAUGCACUAAUGUGGCUGCUUGCUGGAGCCUAAGUCAGUGAGCAGCCCCAGCAGCCCCACAGGACCUUGUAUGGUGAUGUGUCUUAGCAGCAGCAUUGUGUACAGUUUGUUACAAUAUCAGUUAUCAUGAAUAAAGUGGUGCUGAGCUUA